AAAAUGGUUUCCUUAUAACAAAUUUAAAAAUGUUGAAUAUGUUAAUGAAGGAGGAUUUGGUACUAUAUAUAAAGCUACUUGGUUAAAGAAUAGCAGAGAUGAAGAUGAAGAAGUAAUUCUUAAAUGUCACAAGAAUUUAAAUGAAAAUUUAAAUGAAUUUUUAAAAGAAUGGGAAUAUCAUAGAAGUUGUUUAAGUUCAAGUGAUAUUAUAAAUUUUUAUGGAUUUACAGAAGUUCCAAAUUCAUCAAAAUAUAUGGUAGUAAUGGAAUAUGCAAAUAAAGGUAAUUUAAGAGAAAAUUUAACAAGAAUAGUCAAAAAUAAUUGGAAUCAAAAAUUAUAUAUGUUGUACGAAAUUAUUUCUGGGCUUAAAAAGAUACAUGAAGAGAAUCUUAUUCACUGUGAUUUUCAUGAUGGUAAUAUUUUAAAUCAUAAUGAUGAGAAUAAGGAUAAAUUUUAUAUUAGUGAUUUAGGAUUAUGUCAACCUGUAAAAUCGUCUUUGAAAAAGUAUGAUAUUUAUGGUGUUAUACCAUUUAUCGCUCCUGAAGUUUUAAGAGGCAAACCUUAUGCUUCAGCUAGUGAUAUAUAUAGUUUUUCUAUGAUUAUGUGGGAAUUUACAUCUGGGGUACCACCAUUUUUUAACAGAGCACAUGAUAUUCAACUUAGUUUAAGUAUUUGUAAAGGCGAACGUCCUGAAAUUAUUGAAAAUACUCCACAAUGUUAUGUAGAUUUAAUGAAAAAAUGUUGGAAUGAAGAUCCAUUAAAAAGACCAUCUACAUCAGAAGUGAAGGGUAUUAUUGAGGAUUGGAUUUUCCAUCCUUAUAAUAAUGAAGUCAGUGAAGAAUUAAAAAGCAACAUUAUGGAAUUUAUAAAUGCACCAAUUGGUCAUAACAAUCUUGCUACUAAAUCUCAUCCUAAAACAUGUUAUAUUAGUCGCUUACUUGAUUUCACUAGUAAAAAAUUGAAUGAAAUCCUUGAAAGUGAAGAUUUACAAGCAUAUCAUGCAAGUCUGAAUGAUUGUAUAAUUAGAGAUUCAAGGUCAUUAGGUAUGUAUUAUAAUAUAUAA